AUGGCAUACAUCGCAAACUCAAAGUCUGCAGCCCUCUUCAAAAGCAGGACCUUUAGCAGGGACAUGGCGGCUGAUGACAAGUCCUCAUCUUCAUCUUCCGACUGGAGUGCCGAGCCACCAGUCAUCUCCCCCAGCAGCCCCUCCCACCUCACCCACUUCAAACCACUGACACCGGAGCAGGAUGAACCUCCACUCCGUUCGGCCUACUUCGGCUCCUUAGUCAACCUGUUUCGCUUCAACAACAAAGAGGAGGGACGUCCUUCCUCUACAGCUUCAGAGAAGACAGAUGUGCCGUCCCCUUCCCCUCAGUCAGAGGGGAGGGGCUGGUCCUCCAGUCCUUCCCAUUCCGUCUACAGGACACACCGCAAGCAGCAUCCUGACCACCUCCGACGCACCUCCACUGCCUCAGUGGAUUGGCCAGAUGGCACCAGGAAAUCAGAUGCACCUCUAAGCAAUCAUGACCCCCGCACUGCUGUGCAACUACGCACUGCACUGAAGAGGCUGAAGGAAAUCAUGGAGGGAAAGAGCCAGGACAGCGAUCUGAAGCAGUACUGGAUGCCAGACAGCCAGUGUAAGGAGUGUUACGACUGUAACGAGAAGUUCACCACCUUCCGUCGCAGACACCAUUGCAGACUGUGCGGCCAGAUCUUCUGCAGUCGCUGCUGCAACCAGGAAAUCCCUGGAAAGUUCAUGGGCUAUACCGGAGAUCUGCGAGCUUGUACGUACUGCCGUAAAUUAGCACUAAGCUACGCUCACUCCGCUGAAUCAGGAUCCAUCAGCGAGGACAUCAGCUCCUUGACUGACUCUCCCUGCUCGGUGUCUGUGCUGGAGCCCAGUGAGCCGAGGACACCGGUGGGUGGACGCAAGGCCAGCAGGAACAUCUUCCUGGAGGAAGACCUCACCUGGCAAAGAAAAACUCCUAUUGGAAUGAGAAAGAAUAUGGUUCACCAGGAGCCUCAGAGCAGUGGCCUCAAUUCAAGACUGACGACGCUGCAAGAGGACAUUGGGAAAUCACCGGCAAGGAAGAGGUCUGCCAGUGUGACCAACCUGUCUUUGGAUCGCUCGGGAUCCUCCAUGGUACCUUCCUAUGACAGCUCCGUCAGCCCACCCACCAACCGAGCCGUUUCAGUGACCAAGAGUGGCAGCAAACUGGACCACAGUGAGGAGGAGAGGAAGAUCCUGCUGGAUUCCUCUCAGUUGAAGGACCUGUGGAAGAAAAUCUGCCAUAACAACACAGGGAUGGAGUUCCAGGACCACAGGUACUGGCUAAGGACGUACCCAAACUGCAUUGUCGGAAAAGAGCUUGUCAACUGGCUGCUUAGGAAUGGCACCAUCUCCACCAGAGCUCAGGCUAUCGCUAUAGGCCAGGCGCUGGUGGACGGUCGCUGGCUCGACUGUCUCACCCACAACGACCAGCUGUUCAGGGACGAGUACGCCCUCUACCGCCCCUUGCAGAGUACAGAGUUCUCAGAAACGCCGUCUCCAGACAGCGAUAGCGUCAACUCCCUGGAGGGACACUCAGAGCCGUCCUGGUUCAAGGACAUCAAGUUUGAUGACAGCGACAUGGAGCAGCUGGCGGAUGAGACUGACUACACCAUGCCCAAUUCUGCCAGCCCCAGCAAGAGGACAUCUGUUAGUAGCUUCCAGUCGGUGGUGGACAGUGACUCGGCCGCCUCCAUCAACCUCAACAUGGAGCAAAACAAUGUGAACUUCCACAUCAAGAAGCAGUCCAAAUAUCCACACAUGCCUCCUGCCACUGACCAGAGAGCAGAGUUUUUCGUGUCUGAGGAUGGAGGGCAGAACAUUGUCAUCAGCGAUGCCUUCAUCAAGGAGUCGCUGUUCAAUCGUCGUGUGGAGGAAAAAGCCAAAGAGAUGCUGUUCACUCCGCUGGGUUGGCACCACAGCUCUCUAGAUCAGCUCCGAGAGGAGAAUGGAGAGAAGAAAGCCAUGGAGAGGCUGCUCUCAGCCAACCACAGCCACAUGAUGGCACUGCUGCAGCAGCUGCUCUACAGCGAGUCUCUGUCUCUGUCCUGGCGGGACAUCAUCGUCCCUGUGGUCCGACAGGUUGUCCAGACUGUACGACCCAACGUCCGCAACUGUGACGACGACAUGGACAUCCGACAGCUGGUCCACAUCAAGAAGAUUCCUGGAGGCAGGAAGUUUGACUCAAUGAUGGUGAACGGGUUCAUUUGCACAAAGAACAUUGCCCACAAGAAGAUGAACCCAUACAUCAAGAACCCAAAGAUUCUGCUGCUGAAGUGCUCCAUAGAGUACCUGUACAGGGAGGAGACCAAGUUCACCUGCAUUGACCCCAUUGUGCUUCAGGAACGAGAAUUUUUGAAGAACUACGUUCAGCGCAUUGUGGAUGUCCGUCCAAACCUGGUACUGGUGGAGAAGACUGUAUCUCGCAUUGCUCAGGACAUGCUGCUGGAGCAUGGCAUCACGCUGGUCAUCAACGUCAAACCGCAAGUCCUGGACAGAGUGAGUCGUAUGACGCAGGGAGACCUGGUGAUGUCCAUGGACCAGCUGCUCACCAAACCUCGACUUGGGACCUGUCACAAGUUCUACAUGCAGCCCUUCACGCUGCCCAACAAUGAGAUGAAGACGCUGAUGUUCUUUGAAGGCUGCUCUCCUCACUUGGGAUGCUCCAUUAAGCUCCGUGGAGCUUCAGAGUACGAGCUAGCCCGAGUAAAGGAGAUCAUCAUGCUGAUGGUGUGCGUGGCCUAUCACUCCCAGCUGGAGAUCUCAUUCCUGAUGGAUGAGUUUGCCAUGCCUCCCAGCUUGACUCAGAGUGCCUCCUUCCCCUGCCUGCUAGAGGGUGCUGCUGCUGCUGAGGAGGAAGAGGAGGAGGAGGAGGAGGAGGAGGAGGAGGAGGAGGAGAGGGAGGCAGACGGAGAGAGGAAGGAGACGGAUAGAGAGAAAGCUAUAGUGAGUGUGGAGUCCACACUAGAAGCACAACCUGAAGAUGAAGGUCUUCCCUCAGAGUCUUUAUCCAAGAAUGGGGAUGUUCUCCAGGACAAUCCACAAUCUCCACAGGAUGCUGCCAGCAAAGAGACGAGGACGUCCUCUCCGCUAUCUGUCCGGCCUGCUCCAUCUCUCUCCGUCUCUCCUCCAUUUCUCAUGGAGGAAAACCUGGAGGUGAGUUCAGACACUUUCAUCUGUGCGUCCGAGGGGGAGACGGUGGAGGAGGGAGACCCACUGAAGGUUUCGGCGGAUGGUGAUGGUCCAGAGACACCCACUACCAAGCUGUUCCGAGAUCCUCUGCAGGACGACACAGGGAUGUUUGUGGCUGAGCAGGUGGCCUCGUCCGACGACCGCCUGAAGUCCAUCUCUGCUGUUUUCAAGCAGGAGCUCAAAGACAUCAUUCUGUGCAUCUCACCCUUUAUCACGUUCAAAGAACCAUUCCUGCUCCUGCCGGAUGGCAUCCACUGCCCCAGCAGAGACUAUUUCCCUGAACAGGUUUACCUGUCUCCUCUUCUCAACAAAGACUUAAAGGAACUUGAUGGGCGUAGGAAGCGACAACUCCUCAAAGAUUCCGCCCCCUCCUCUGUGGUCAGUGGACAGACGAACGGUGGCAACCAGCCAAAGCCCAUUGACAUCCUGCCCUGUCACAGCCUUACCAGUACCCGCAUCGUGGAUCAAUUGGGCAGUAGUCACGACCUGGCCAAAAUGUUGGCCGACUACCGAGCAAAAGGUGGUCGAAUCCGACAGAGAGAAGCCAGCGACCCCUUCAGCUCCGCUGGUGGAGGACUGAGCCGGGCAGCCGACGUACCAGUUAAAGCACCAGUGAAGUCUGACAGCGAAGAGGAGAAGCUGAGCAAACAGAGCGAUAUGAACUGGUCUCCCAAGCUGGACUGUCUGAACCCAUCCAACCAUCAGAGGCUCUGUGUUCUCUUCAGCAGUUCAUCAGUUCAGUCCAACAAUGCUCCCAACCCCUGCGUCAGCCCUUGGAUUGUCACGAUGGAGUUUUAUGGGAAGAAUGACCUCUCUCUGGGUGUAUUCCUGGAGCGAUACUGUUUCCGGCCAUCGUACCAGUGCCCCAGCGUUUUCUGUGAGACUCCCAUGGUGCACCACGUCCGGCGGUUUGUCCACGGCAGCGGUUGUGUUCAGAUCGUGCUGAAGGAGCUGGACUCUCCUGUUCCUGGUUAUCAGCACACGAUCCUCAACUACUCCUGGUGUCGCAUCUGCAAACAGGUGACCCCUGUGGUGCCUCUGUCCAAUGACUCCUGGUCCAUGUCUUUUGCGAAAUACCUGGAGCUUCGCUUCUACGGCCACCAGUACACCAGACGAGCCAACGCCGAGCCCUGCGGUCACUCCAUCCACAAAGACUACCACCAGUACUUCUCCUACAACCAGAUGGUGGCUUCAUUCAGCUACACUUCUGUAAGGCUGUUAGAGAUUUGUCUUCCUCGUCCUAAAAUCUUCAUCAGGAACCUGGGGCCUUCUAAAAGCAACCUACAGCAGGAUCUGAAGGACUUCUCUCAGAAAGUGUCUCAGGUGUACUUGGCCAUCGACGACCGCCUCACUUCCUUGAAGACUGAUACCUUCAGUAAGACUCGAGAGGAAAAGAUGGAGGACCUCUUCGCUCAGAAAGACAUGGAAGAAGCCGAGCUGCGGACUUGGAUCGAUAAGCUCCAGGGUCGACUGCAGGUCUGCUGUCAGGACUCUCCUCAGCAGCUUCAAGCCGUUCUGGAGUCACUGGUGAUGAAGAAGCAGAGUCUGUGUGAGAUGCUACAGUCCUGGAACAGCAGACUUCAGGACUUGUUCCAGCAGGAGAAAGGCAGGAAACGUUUGUCCGUCCCUCCGAGUCCAGGUAGACACAGACCAGCAGCAACUGAUGACAGCAAGAGUGCUGUGGAGUCCUCCCCUCGUAACCCCUCACCUGUGGUGCAAAAUGGAGAGAAAGAGGACCGUCACCUCAGCAUGCUGCCCUCAGCCACUGUCUCCUCUUCGCUGCCGUCUCCAGGAGAAUCCGGAACAGAAGCGACCUCAGCUGGGCCGUCCUUCAGCGAGCAGGACUCGGUCAGCCUCCCUGAAGACGUAUUUGAGGGACACCUGCUGGGCUCCACUGACAGCCAGGUCAAAGAGAAGUCCACCAUGAAGGCUAUCCUCGCCAACUUCCUGCCUGGGAACAGCUACAACACCAUCCCCUUCCCCUUUGAUCCAGACAAGCAUUACCUGAUGUACGAACAUGAACGAGUUCCCAUCGCUGUCUGCGAGAGAGAGCCCAGCUCCAUCAUUGCCUUCGCUCUCAGCUGUAAAGAGUAUAAAACAGCUCUGGACGAUCUGUCCAAGGCAUCAAACUCAGGAGAUGAGACUCCACAGGUCAUCAGUGGAGGGGACAGUCGAAUGAGGAGCAGUCCGGCCCGGCCCAGCGAGAUGUCGUCUUCACAGCAGAGUCGCAGCAGCUCAGAGACAGAUCCUCUCAAGGAUGGAGACUCAGUGGACAAACAGAAGAAACAGACUUUGAAUCCACACGUUGAGCUGCAGUUCUCCGACGCCAAUGCCAAGUUCUACUGUCGUGUCUACUAUGCCGAGGACUUCCACAGGAUGAGGGAGGACAUCAUGGAGAGCAGUGAGGAUGACUUCAUCCGCUCGCUGUCACACUGCGUCAACUGGCAGGCAAGAGGAGGGAAAUCUGGAGCUGUGUUCUAUGCCACCGAAGACGACCGCUUCAUCCUGAAACAGAUGCCCAGACUGGAGGUCCAGUCCUUCCUGGACUUUGCUCCUCAUUACUUCACGUACAUCACCGGAGCCGUGCAGCAGAAACGGCCGACGGCUCUGGCGAAGAUCCUCGGCGUUUACCGGAUCGGAUACAAGAACUCCCAGAACAACACAGAGAAGAAACUGGACCUGCUGGUAAUGGAAAACCUCUUCUAUGGACGAAAGAUGGCUCAGGUGUUCGACCUGAAGGGCUCGCUGAGGAACCGCAACGUGAAGACAGACUCAGGGAAGGAGAGCUGCGAGGUGGUUCUGCUGGACGAGAACCUGCUGAAACUGAUCCACGACAACCCGCUCUACAUCCGCUCCCACUGCAAGGCCAUCCUGAGGGCCGCCAUCCACAGCGACGCCUACUUCCUGUCCAGCCACCUCAUCAUCGAUUACUCCCUGCUGGUGGGGCGCGAUGAUGCCACUGACCAACUGGUGGUCGGGAUUAUAGAUUACAUCAGGACGUUCACCUGGGACAAGAGACUGGAGAUGGUCGUCAAAUCCACUGGAAUCCUGGGAGGUCAAGUUUUGGAGCUGCAACAGCAAGUGCUCAUUCAUCUUUGAGUUUAAGCCUAGCUUUAGGCACUCACAGGAGCAGCUGGUCAGCUAACCUGAGAGAGCGGCUGGGAGUGCUUGGGUGCAGCAGCUCAGAAAGGUAAGGUGGGACAAGGCCAUUCAAGGCUUUAAAAGCAAAUAAAUUAAUUUUAAAAUGAAUCCUAAAAUGGACGGGCAGCCAGUGGAGUGAAGCUAAAAUAGGUGAAAUGUGCUCAUAUUGGCUUCUGCAGUUAAAAGACGUGCAGCAGCAUUUUGCACCAGUUGCAGACGAGCAAUGGAGGACGCAACAACCCCUAUAUAAAAUGCAUUGCACUAAUCCAGUCAAGUGGUCACAAAGGCGUGGAUUACUGUCUUAAAGUGCUGUCUCUGAAGGACUGGUUUAAUUUUUGCCAGUUGCCUCAACUGGAAAAAGCUUGACUUCACCGCAGCUUUAAUCUGGCUGUCAAAUUUCAGGUCUGUGUCGACUUUUACCUCCAGAUUGUGCAUGGUUGGCUUGUGAUAUUGUGCCAUAGAACCCAGAUCAACUAGGGGGGUCACAGAAGAUCCACCACCAGACCAUGACUUCUGUCUUUUCUUCAUUAAAAUUCAAGAAGUUUAGAGACAUCCAAGCUUUGAUGUCAUGCAAACACUCAUGCAAUGGCUUAAUACUGUAGGAGUCUGACUGUUUUAGGGGGACAUAGAUCUGACUGUCAUCCGCAUAGCAAUGAAAAGAAAUGCCAUGUUUCCUGAGAAUUGAACCAAGUGGGAGUAGAUAGAGGGAAAAUAAAAGAGGGCCAAGCACACAGCCCUGUGGUACCCCACUGAGCUUCAACCUGAUGAACCAUUUCCAUGGAAACUAAAAAUGAUGAUAUCAGAUAUGACGUGUUUACAUCAAAACAGCAAUCACUGAAGAACUAGAAGAGGAGGAGAGAAAGAAGAAAAGGGGAGGAAAAUGCAGAGAAGCAGAAGACAAAGUCAGGAGAGGAAAAGAAUAAAAAACAAGAAAAAAGUAGAAGAAAGGUGGAGGUUAAAAAGAGAAAAGGUAACAUGAAAAGGGGGAGAGGAAGUAGGAGAAAGAUGGGAGGAGGAGAAGGAAAAAAAGGAAGAAAGGGGAAGAGGAGGACAAGGAGAGGAAGAAGAUGUAAGAGGAGAUUUCCUCCAUAUUUCUCUACACUUCAACUGAUACAGGAGAGAACAGGAAGGAUAAGGAGGAAAUAGAAGAUUUUAAUUGUAGAACCUUGCUUUUAUGUGUCCUUGUGUUUUUGU